CACCAAGUUGUUAAGGUGUUACUUAACGGAAGUUCAAGACAACCAGUUCUCGUAGCAGGGAACAACUCCACAGAAUCAGCCCCUAAUCAACUUUAUGAACCCAAGGGCAUAUUUGUCGACAGUAAUUUUAACCUAUAUGUUGCUGAUUAUGGAAACAAUAGAAUCCAACGUUUCCAACCAGGACAAACCAAUGGAACAACAAUGACAGGAAAUCGAACUUCAAACAAUAUAACAUUAAAUAAACCUACAGAUGUCAUACUUGAUGCUGAUGGUUAUUUAUACAUUGCUGAUAGUAAAAAUCAUCGUAUUAUUCGAUCAAUCAAUGAUACAUAUCAAUGCAUAGUUGGUUGCAAGAGUAAACAAGGGUCUACAAAUGAAGACUUGAUUAAGCCAUAUUCUAUUCAUUUCGACAGUUAUGGCAAUUUAUUUGUUGCUGAUGGAUACAAUAGUCGGAUACAAAAGUUUACUUUAAUAGAAAAUAACUGUGGUAUGUCUAAUAAAAAAGCUGCAUAUGAAAAGAAAAAAUAUGUUAUGGAACCAAUAUUAGUUUGA